AUGGACGAAGUUGGUGAUAAGUUGGACACACAUGAUGAAGUGGAGGUGGAGGAAGUGGAGGUGGAGGCAGUUGAGGAAGUUGAGGUGGAGGAAGUGGAGGUGAAGGGAGUAGGUGCAGUGGUGGUGGAGGAAGUGGAGGAAGUUGGUGUAGUGGAGGCGGAGGAAGUAGGUGCAGUGGUGGCGGAGGAAGUGGAGGAAGUUGAAGUGGAGUCUUUGGAUGAAAUACAAAACAGUAGUGAGGAAGAAGUGGAAGUGGAUGAAGUACAAAAUAGUAGUGAGGAAGAAGUGGAAGUGGAUGAAGUACAAAAUAGUAGUCAGGAAGAAGUGGAAGUGGAUGAAGUGCAAGUGCAAAACAAUAGUGAGGAUAGUGAUGAAGAUUACAUGGUUGAAGAUAUUGGAAGGGGGUUGUCUGAUGAUGAUUCUGAGGCAGAAGAGCUGUUAACUCCAGAAAAUAGUGGUAGUGAGGAGGAUGACAAUGUAGACAAACCAAGUCGAUGUCCGUUUCCUACAUUUGGAAAGAAAAAGUCAAUGGUAGAUUACAAAUGGGAAGUUGGUACUAUUUUUAAUGAUAAGGAGGAUUUUAAGGAAGCAAUUAGAAACUAUGCUAUUCAUACUGGGAGAGAUCUUAAGUUUGUAAAGAAUGAUAAGCGUAGGGUUCGGGUGAGAUGCAUGGGUGCGCAAAAAAAGUGCCCAUGGGUAGCUUACAUAGGAUAUUUGCCAUCAAGAAAGAUUUGGCAGUUAAGGAAGAUUCUUGAUACCCAUGCUUGCAGCAGACAACUAAACAUUAAAAUGAUGAAUAGUAAGUGGUUGAGUCAUGAAGUAGAUAAGGUGUUGCAUGAUAAUCCAACUAUAAAGGUUCAAGAUAUACGUAAUAAAGCACUAAGGAAAUGGAACACCAAGGUAUCAAUUUCCAAAGCAAGAAGGGCCAAGUUAAUGGCAACAAAUGAACGUGAAGGAGAUUUUAAAGAGCAACUUAGAAGGAUUCAUGACUACGGACAAGAGGUUUUGAGAAGUAACCCGGGGUCAACUGUUAAGAUUAAAGUGAACAGUGAUAAUGGUGAUGCCAUCUUUGAAAGAAUUUAUGUAUGUCUGAACGCAUGUAAGAAGAGUUUCGUAAGUUGCAGGCCCAUCAUCUUUUUAGAUGGUUAUUUCUUGAAAGGUCUAUAUAAGGGCGAGUUGCUUACAGCAGUUGGUAGGGAUCCAAAUGACCAAAUGCUUCCCAUAGCAUAUGCAGUAGUUGAAGUUGAAAAUAAAGAUAGUUGGAGUUNGUUUUUGAAAUUAUUGAUUGAAGACCUUGGUGGUGAUGAAAUAUGUCGAGCAUGCACGUGGAUGUCUGACCAACAAAAGGGGUUGGUACAUGCUAUUGAAGAGCUUUUGCCUAAGGCAGAACAAAGAUUCUGCAUCAGGCACCUUUAUGCUAACUUCAGGAAGAAGUUUAGUGGUCAAAUAUUGAAGAACUUGAUGUGGAGUGCUGCAACAAGCACGUACCCCCAGGCUUGGGAGAGAGAUGCUGAAUAUGAGAGCAGUGAAUGA